GCUACUUCUAUACCUCAGUCACCUCUAUGAUAGAAUCUGUCCAUUUAGUGUUUGUAUGAAUAGUUUUAAGAAUUAAAUGUAAGUAUUCUGUAAAAGGAGAAUGAUAGAGCAAAAGUAUAAAACCCAUUUGAAUGGCAAUUUCACGUUAUCAAAGGUUUAAAGUUAAGUUGCAGCCUAUGUUGCUUCCUGUGCCGAGCUGGGUGAAUUCAACUAACGUUGGCCUCAAAAUCGCUUUCGUCUUACUGUAUUUGUUUCACAGAUUUGAGCUUCUCAGUUUGGUGAUGUAGUGCCAGCCCAAUUUAUUGUGAACGUUGAUAUGGCAUGCUUUUCGUUAAUAUGGCAUGCUUAAUCGCAAAGUUAAGAAUUAGUUAAUUCACGAUUAUCUCAAAAUGGUCAGGAAAACAAAAAGCCCCUUUUUUUUCAAAGGUGUAGCAAAGCCUAGUCAAAGCCGAGGUUCUCAAAUUUUACUUUAUUUCCUUUUUACCCGUCUCUAGUCAAGGACACUUUAAGGUAGUAUCUAUGAACAAUAAAGUAAGAUUUAGUCAUCCAAACCUUACCAGAGGAUUCUAUAAAUACAAAAAAAAAACUGUUGGAUUUAGUAUUCUCUGAAGUUAUUUCUUAAUUAAAGAAUUAUCUGUCUCUAUAACUUGACUGUAUAACCUCUAGAGUGAAAUUUAAAAAAGGGGUGUGUGAAGUAGACGAUAUCUUGGUAACAAUUCCCCUUCAGGUUGCAAGAAAUACUUUGUUUACCUUUUAUAGGAGGCAAUCUUUGCCAAAAGUUAUAACACAACGCCCCACGUCUUGGUUUCUGCUUCUCACUCGACAAAAGGAGGGAAUCAAAGGCCAGUUCAUAACAGCAUAGCUGCCUGGGUAGAGGUUGGUAACUAGUCAUGUCAGGAUAUCAAAUUUCAUAUUAAAUUAAGAGUAGUAUAGUAAAGAACUAAUUAACCUAAUUAACGAAUCUCGUUAUUCUGCUGAGGAAUACACACUUUUGUCUUUAUUCCUUGAGUAGUAACCUGUGAAUAAUCGUAAUAAUAAUAAUAAUAAUAAUAAUAAUAAUAAAAAUUAUUAAACCUGUCAGUGAAAGCUGAUAGAGCGGUUUUCACUUGACUGUCGUAAAACCAAAACCAAAGUAAAUACACUAGCCAACCAAAGGGCGUAGUAAAACCAAAACCAAAACCAAAACCAAUCCCUUUCGACAGUCAAGUGAAAACCGCUCUAUAAAUGGGGAAAACGAUACCAAUUUCAGCACUGAAGAAUACAGGCAACUACAACAAAUAAUGAUAAAAAUAAGUAGUUAGAGCUGUAUACUGGUGCUUGGGCACCAGUGAAAAAAGUGCCUUUCUUCGCAGAUUCUGUGCGUACUGUAGAAAUUAAAGUUUCUAAACAUAGGUGGAAUCUCAUUAACAUAGGUCGUGUGCCAUUUUAAAGUGGUUUAGCCGGUUUUACACGGGGGCUUUUUAGAACUUGAUAGGGAAACAAAUGCUUUGCUUUUUGAUUGGUUGACUAAAAAAAGUAAAGUAUUUAUUUGUUGAUUGAUGCUGUCAAAGUAAUAAGCGCUAGCUCCCCUUUGACAUGAAAUUGCUGGGUAAGUAUUCAGUUCUGCUGCUUUCAUUGCCCCAAAUUUUUUUCCAGUUUUGAUUCUUGGCGAGCAAAUCGUGCAUAUAUUGAUGAGUUCGAAGACAAACUAGCUCUUUCUAAUAACAAACCGAAUUUUUAACUUACCCGAGUCCCCCUUCUCCUCCUCCACAAUUCAGUUUUUUCGCUUCACCUUCCUUUUUUGAUUUUCCUUUAAGCACGAAAACCACCACCACAGCCUCCGCCACCACAUUACUAUUGUUUUCCCACCACCACCACCUUUCUAUUGUUUUCCCUCUUCCUCCACCACCACCACUGCUACCACCAAAUUUCUAGUGUUUUCCCUACUCCACCACCACCACCACCACAAUCCAAUGCAUAUUUCCACCACCACCACCACAUUCCAAUGCACAUUUUAGUACUAAUGUUUAGUGCUUUUACAUACAGUAUAUUAGCAGGAAAGGCUUUCGGGUUUGUGUCAAAGAACUGUAUGAGGCAAAAUACGACCCACUCUUCAUAUCCUACAUAGUUUUGUCGGGUAAGAACUUUACUGCUUAAAAGAGAAGAUUUUUUUCUGGUAUAUCUUUCAAUAUUGUCUCUUAUUUGUGACUCAAUGCCGUGAUUUAUACGCACAGAUAUCUGUCCAGAUGGAUGGGAUUACUUCAAUGGAUACUGCUAUUUAACAAGCUCUGUAUGCGCACCUUGGGUGACUGCAGUGUCCAACUGUUCAAUGAUGAACUCACAUCUGGUAACAGUGCACAACCAAGAGGAAAAUGUCUACAUACAGCACCGUCACAAUGGCGAGCGAUCAUGGAUUGGCCUUAAUGACCGAAGCGUUGAGGGAUCGUUUGUGUGGAAAAACAAGGAAAUAAUCCGUUUUCAGUACUGGGCUCCGCAACAACCAAACAACUUGAAAAACGAAGACUGUGUCCACGCCCUUGGUGCAGAGCAUGGCUACACUUGGAACGACGUGUCAUGUGAUAAAUGCUAUAACUAUACUUGUGUGAAAGGCAAGUUUUGAGUUACCAUAGAAAUACUACAAAUCCAAACCUUUGUCACCAAUAACGAGGUUUGAAGAUCACUUCUGCAGUAGUGAGUUUUUAUGAUAAUUUUAUCGCCGUGUUGUUGAUCAGAAUUAUAUAAAGUCUGCAUUUUUAUGUAGCCGUCUUUCAGGCGGUAGUCUAAAUAUUUAGGUACUCCAAAAAAAAAAUCUUCAUGUGAAUUAUAAUACUGCUACCAAGUAAGAUCACGGUGAUAAAAUGGUCUUCAUUGACUUUUGUUGUCUACUGCAGAAAUUGACGAAUGCAUCAGCAGUUAUCACAGGUGUGAUCCAAACGCUGCUUGUCAGAAUACCUUGGGCUCAUACAUUUGCACUUGCAAAGCUGGGUUCUAUGGAAAUGGAAAAAAGUGCUAUGGUAACGAUCACAAUCCUUUUUUAUGCUUUCCUGACCUUUGCAUUCUGGUUGGCUGUUGAGUUAACAUAUUUGCCUUUUAAGGUAACUAAGGUACUAUAUUCUUUUAAAUCCAAUAUGUAUAGAUCAGAACUUACUAAUAAUCUAAAAAAACUAACUAAGAAUUACAAUGGGCAUUCUCGGUCUUCGCUUUGACAAUUAAUUAGGCACAUAGAAUAUCUGCUAAUAGCACAUUUAGUGUCCUGUCGGCUCCGUUCUGCGCUCAGGUUUGAUUUUUAAUGUGAUAUAUAUAUUUUGUUCAACUUGUCAGUUAGUUUAAAUUUAUCAUACAUUGGCAUACGUCAAAACAAAGUAAUAAAAAAUUACCAGCACAUAAUUUACUUAGUCAGGAUUCACUGACUACUCAGAUGAUCAUUUUUGUUUUCUCCGUCAUUAGAUAUUGAUGAAUGCAGCAACAAAACCCAUACCUGUGACGUAAAUGCAGUUUGUAGCAACACUCAAGGCUCUCACAACUGCAUUUGCAAACCUGGAUACUCUGGAGAUGGAAAGAAAUGCAUUGCAGUUGGUAUGCAGCAUCCCUACAGAAUUCCUAUGAUAUUGUCUAUAAUUAUUUUAUACUGUUUAGUACGGAAAGCUGGUUCAGUUUACGAAUAUUUUGCCUAAAUAUAGACAGUUGGGCUUAAUUUGGUAGAUGUUUAGCGACAUUAUUCUUGGCCUGAAUUUCUUACAGAGUUUCUCAUACAGCUUGCAGUACAGUGUAUAAAAAGCAGAUAUUAUUGUUGACUUUAUAAGUUGUAAAGUAGCCAUAUCCUGCCAAAUGUUGAGUAAACACGCAGUGCUAAUGUCAUGUCUUCCAGGUUAUAAGAACUGUGCUGAACUGUACAAAGCUGGAAAACGAACAAGUGGAGUUUACAAGAUCGACCCAGACGGUGCUGGUGCAUUUGACGUGUACUGUGACCAAACAACAGCCGCUGGGGGGUGGACAGUGUUCCAAAAGAGACUGGAUGGCUCGGUUAAUUUCUACCGCGGCUGGAACGACUACAAAAAAGGGUUCGGAAAUCUGAAUGGCGAGUUUUGGCUCGGACUGGACAAAAUUCACCGCCUGACAAAAACUAAAAGCAAACUUCGAGUGGAUCUCGAGGACUUCAACAGAAACACGGCUUAUGCCGAGUACAGCUACUUUGCUGUAACAGCCGAGAGAAGCAAAUACAAGCUGAGUCUUGGAACUUACUCCGGUAAUUGUAUUACUAACUUGAUUAAAAAUGGAGUUCGGGGAAACGUCUUAUAAAUGCCCAAGACGAAGUUAAUGCUAAUGAUUUUGACGUUAAAGAAAUAAAUACUCACCUCAGAGAUACAGUUAGUCCCACAUGCAAUGAAGUAUGUAAUAAUCACACAGCUGUCAUGAAAUAAGAGUACUUCAAAUUAAUAUAAUAUGGAGCGUUAGAGUGAUUUUACUUCGACCAUGAAACGGAUUCAAUGUUUCCUACUGUCUUUAGAUCUUAACCAUCGUAUUGAAAAUCACAGUAAUGUGGAGAAAAAUUUAAGGAAAUAUCAUAUGUUCCAAUUUCAUUUUCCAGGAAAUGCUGGUGACUCGCUAGCUCGUCAUAGAGGCUACCCUUUCUCCACCAAAGACCGAGACAAUGACAGCGGGACUGUUAACUGUGCUACAAGGUUCAAAGGGGCCUGGUGGUACGACGACUGUCAUCAGUCCAACCUGAACGGCCUCUAUCAUCGCGGUAGACACUCUUCACGUGCUGAUGGUGUGAACUGGUAUUACUGGAAGGGAUAUCACUAUUCCGCUAAACGAGCUGAAAUGAAACUCAAACCAUUCAACUUCUAAACCAACAAACAGCUGUUUUCAGUGCUUAUAUCUGCUUGAUUCGCAAUGGUCGUUUAAAUAACUUAGCUGUAUCACUCAUUUUGUUAGACUGCUGCAGAAAUAAUAAAUUAAGCAUAACAAACUAUUUUCACAUAUUUGAUAGAAAAAACUAUAAAAUAAAAGACGUCACAAUUGGC